CUAAAAUGUCUACCACUUUUCCUCUGAACAUUUUUUUGCAGAUGAUGUUAAUAUUUUUGCUCUUUAUACCCGCUACUUGCGCAGUGCUAUGCUACCAGUGUGCCUCAGAAUUAGCUUUGAUUAAUUGGUCUCGAUAUGGUCUACCUCAUGCCUAUGGUGAUUCAAUGAUAGCAGAUGAUUCCUGCCUAGAUGACGAACGGAUCACUGGUCAUAUCCCGUGUAGUGCACCUUGUAUGACUAUAAACAUCACUGCUGUGGGAGGAAAGCACGAUGGAAAAGUUUUAGGGGUCGUUCGUGAUUGUCAGAGAUACUUUCGAAGUCCGAAGUCCUUACCCGAGGGCUCACUGCGAUUGUGCCGGAGCAGCGAGCGAGUCACAUUGAGAGAUCAGAGAAUAAACAUGACAUUCUGCUACUGUCAGGGAUCAUUAUGCAAUGGGAAAGCGACUACUUUCACGCGGCGGUCAUCAUCACGGAGUCUCCAAUCCGGGAACGAUCCCUUAUCAGCCAGUUUGCAGUUCAGUAUCUUUUCGAUGGUUGUAAUACUUCUAACAUCAUAAUUCAGUCUGCUUACAUGCAGAAUAUUAACGUGUAAUUAUACAGAAUUUUCUGAACAGAACU